UUUAGAUGGCGCAAUAGUCACAUUUUAUCAAGCGACUCGACAUUUAGAGAAAGUUUUUCUCCAUACAAGCCAAGUUCACAAAAAGAACACAAAAAGGCCAAUACAGCAGUAUUAAUAAACUAAAACUGGAAGAAAGUGUCACGUAAUGUUUUAUUGCUUUAAUUGCUAUGGUAACUCCCCCAGUGUCUCGUGGUUCUGCGCAGAUCAACUGUCUGUCACGCGGAUCAUAAGCAGAACUUCCGCGUUUACAGACGCGCUGGUGAAGUCAGCGAUAGAUCGUCUCAUCAUGUUCGCUAAAUUAAACUUUUGCUCUUUUCUUUUUACCUGUUUAUUUAUGUAUUUGUCUGCACAAUAUGUGCCACCGUACACAGAGGAUUGCAGAAGUGGCAUGUAUCCUCCAAAGGGGCCAACAUUCAAAAGUGAUGUUUCCUGGUAUACUGUUGAUCUGGACCUGCCACCAAGCAAAAGAUGGACAGAAAUUAUUACAGACAAAAAGAAUGAUAUGGUCAGCAUGAUUCAAGCUAUCAGAGAUCUGGCGGAUGCCUUUGUUCCCAGUGGGAAGCUCAUCGAUCUGGUAGAUAAGGAUUUGCCCUUGAUGGUGAACACCCUGCCCUAUCCAUUCAAUGAGGAGAUUAAAGGAGUUGCAUCAGCAUCUGGUGUUCCUUUGGGUGAGGUGGUUCUCUUCAACAUAUUUUAUGAGGUGUUCACGGUAUGCACUUCUCUGGUUGCAGAGGAUGUAAAUGGAAAUCUUAUCCAUGCCAGAAAUCUGGACUUUGGACUUUUCAUGGGAUGGGAUGUGAAAAACAGGACAUGGAUCAUAACAGAGAAACUGAGACCGCUGGUUGUAAACAUCGACUUCAGACGAAAUAACCACACCGUCUUUAAAUCCACCAAUUUUGCCGGAUACGUGGGAAUGCUGACUGGUAUUCAUCCGAACACAUUCACACUGACUAUGAAUGAGCGAUUCAGUCUGGACGGUGGAUACAUUGGGAUCUUGGAGUGGAUUUUGGGAAAGAGAGAUGGGAUGUGGAUGAGUUUUCUCACUCGCUCUGUACUGGAGAACGCUACCAGUUAUGAGAAUGCCAAAGCCAUGCUGUCUGACACCAAGCUUCUGGCUCCAGCCUACUUUAUUCUUGGAGGAAACCAAACAGGACAGGCCUGCAUUAUAACCAGAUCCAGAACACAAAGCAUCCAUCCGCUGGAAUUAGAUGUAAAGAAUGGCAGGUGGUAUGUGUUGGAGACAAACUAUGACCACUGGAAAGCUCCUCUCUUUUUGGAUGACCGAAGAACUCCUGCUAUGAAAUGCAUGAAUCAAACCACACAGACUAAUAUUUCCGUAAAAACAGUCUAUGAUGUCCUCUCGACCAAGCCAGUCCUUAAUAAAUUGACGGCAUACACUACUAUUAUGGAGGUGUCUAAGGGAACAUUGGAGUCUUUUAUUCGUGACUGUCCCGACCCCUGCAUGCCGUGGUAAUGGGCUCCAUCAGGACUUCAUAAUUCUUCUACAUGCCAAGACCAAUAGACGGUUGUUACCUUUUAAAUCAGUCAUCUUUAUUUUAAUCGGUUUGGUUUGUAAUGCCAAGUACUGAUUCAUUUCAGAGCAAACAACAACUACUACACUUUGUCAACAGAUUAUUUUAUUUAAGGAAAAAUGUAUGGCCACCGGAGGGUCUUGUAUCCCACUUAUUACAUGGCUAUUUAUGUAAGUUAAGAAACAUUAAAUAUUGAUUAGAAAUUUUUAACAAAUGCAGACCCUCCGCGAGGAAAACCCAUUUACUUGCGGUUUUAAGACAAGACAUUCAAAUGUCAAGAACACCAUUUAGUUUAAUCAUCUGUAAAUAUAAUGUCAUAUAUGGUAUUAAAAGACAUUUAUAUUUAAUUUUGUGUAAUAUUAAACUGUACCUGUUUAAAUGAUAUGCAGCAUCAAGGUUAUCUGGGAGUAAGAAACCUGUAAAUGUUGCGAUUGGCCAGUCAGAAUCAAGCAUUCCAACGAGCCUUGUAAUGAAGUAAUUGCUAUUAUAGGAACCCUAACUACUACAUUUUGUAUA